AAAUUUUAUGAAAGAAUAACUCGUUCAACUUAAUUAAACAGUUAUUAAUCAUCCAUUUAGUUUAUAUAAUUCAUAUUUGAUAAAUGUAAUUGAUAAAUAUUAAUAAACAUCUUUUUAUGUAAAUUGAAUAGAUAGUGUCUAACCUCUUGUAAACUUGAAUGUAUAAUUAAAAAUUUGAUCCUAUAGGAGCUUACCUUUGUUAAAUAUAUAAUAGAAUGGAACUGCAUAGAGUUUUUGUAUACGGAACAUUAAAACGCAAUGAACCAAAUCAUUCGUGGUUUUCUAAAAAUACUGAAGGAUAUUAUAAAUUUAUUGGUGAAGCGAAAACAGUCGAAAAGCUUCCUUUGAUUAUUGCUACCGAGUACAACAUACCUUUCAUAUUAAAAAGUCCAGGAAAUGGUUAUAAUGUAUUGGGUGAGUUAUACGAGGUGGAUUCUAAAGUGUUAUCAGAUCUGGAUAUUUUGGAAGAUCAUCCUAAUUUUUAUGUACGAGAAAAAUUUAACGUGGAACUGUUUAACUCCGAACAGUUUAUCGAAAACGUGUGGAUUUAUGUUAUUGUGAAUUUUCAGCCACAUUUAUUGAACGAAACUUGUUACGAAACGUACAGUAAUUCGGGUUCUCAUGGGAAAAAAUAUGUUGAAAGGUACUUAAGAAAUAAAUAUUUGGACUAUAAACAAAUAUUUCAAAAUUAAUUUUGACGAAAAUUAUAAUUAUAUGCUGUUUACUUUCAAUUUCUAAAAAGAUUUCAACAUAUAUCUUACCACCAUGUAAUGUUUCAAUUCUUUUGCCAGGAUUAAAGCCAUUUUCAUUUUUUUUAAUUGUAUGAUUUUUAAUAAUUAAAAUAUUUUUGUAACAAGUAUAUUCAUAUUAUUUUAAUUUAUGUAUUUGUAUAGUCAAUGUGGGCUAAUACGACCCUGACCAUACUUUAAAGGCAACCGUGAAAGAAGAAAAUAAUUUCUUUAAGUAAUUGUAUCGAUAGUAAAAUUCCAAAAAUUUAUUUAAUAGUUAGCUCGUGAGAAGAAUAAGGAAAUAUGUAAUAUUUAAACGUAUCAAGAAAAAGUAAUGAAAUUUAACAGAUGGCUGGAAGGAGCGAUAAAUAUGAGUCAGACGCGAUAAUAUUCGCAACUCUGGACAGUUAAAUCAAAUUGCAGGGACCUUAACUUAGCCUGGGUGGAUAAUCUAAAGAUUGAGCCCAUCACCACUAAGAAGAAGAAGUAAUUGAAUCACAACAUUCAUUUAUAUUUUUUUAUAUACAAACAUUUUUACUUUGAUGCAUAAAAAACUAAGCUUACGAAACAUGACAGGCUGGUUGUCAUAAUCCAGUUUUUUGUUCAUUUAUUGAUAUAAAAUGAUAUUGUAAACUGUCUAUGAUUACGUCCAAUUCAACAAAUUACGUGGUUUGGAAUAUUAUAAAUUUGACAACGCUGAAGGCGAUGUCACAUAGCUACCAACGUUUAGAAUGUAAUUUACGUAUACGAGUAAUGAUUUCUCACUUUGUGUAUUAAAAUAUCUUUGAGUAAAUCUAAAUGUCACUACGAAUGUCAAAAUUGUCAUAUUUACUAUUUUUUCAGUAUUAAGGUGAAAUUAGAUAAAAUUGAUAUAGUUUUCUUUAAUUUGUAAACAUUCAUAUCAAUCAGGAAAUUUUCAUAUGAUUUAUUAUGUAGAUAUUCAUAAAAUUUUAAUGUUUUUUUUAGCGAGGAAUCUACACUUGAAGAUUUGAACACAUUUUGAGGUUAGAAAUUUGGGAGAUUUUGUGCGUUGAAUAUAUAUAGUAAAUAUGUGAAAAAUUUUGAUAUUUAAAGUGUUAAGUAGUUCAAUAAAUUGUUGUAUUUUUA